CACGUUAAAAUAGCCCGUUUACCGGAGAGACCCUCGCCGCGGAUCUCUCGAUAGCCGUGCCGAGACUGCUGAGGUCGAAAAGGUGGAAAGAGUGCGCUUCUCGUACAUCCUCAUCAAUUUCAGAGAUAUCUUAAAUGUGCGCGGAUCAGUGACAGCCGCGAGAGCGAACUGAUCGAUUUUAAGGAUGGAUUGCUGGUCGGCCUGGAUAUUGCUCGUUUCGUUGCUCGGCACUCUCCUGCUCACGGGCGGCGUCGAGUUAACCUUCGAGCUGGCCGACAAUGCCAAGGAAUGCUUCUAUCAAGAGAUUGAGAAGAACGUCUCGUCCACGUUGGAGUUUCAGGUGGUUACAGGUGGCCAAUAUGAUGUGGAUGUAACUUUAGAGGCUCCAAAUAAGGAAAUUAUCUAUAGUCAAGUGAAACAACAAUUUGAUUCGCACGUCUUUAUACCUACUAUGUCGGGAGUGUAUAAGGCCUGCUUUAGCAAUGAGUUCUCUACAUACUCGCAUAAGCUUGUUUAUAUGGAUUUCCAAGUCGGCGACGAGGCGCCACUUCCCGGCCUUGGAGAACAUGUCACAGUAAUGACUCAGAUGGAGUCUUCUGCACAGGAAGUGCACAAGAAUCUAAUCAGCAUCUUGGACUAUCAAACGCAUCACCGUCUGCGCGAGGCGCAAGGUCGCAAACGCGCAGAAGAACUCAAUGAACGAGUGCUUUGGUGGUCGAUAAUGGAGACAGCUUGCAUUCUGUUCAUCUCUGUGGGGCAGGUAUUCCUUUUGAAGAACUUCUUUACGGAUCGAAGUCCUUCUCAAAGUUAUUAGUGAUUGCGAAGUAAUGAAAAAGGAAAAAACUCACUAUCGAGGUAUACGAUCAUUGAUCGAAUCGCCCUCGUAAUGUCGUUUUUUUUCAUCACCGGUUAAAGUGCCAUCAUAACGUCCGCCGGUAAUAUGUCAAAGCUGCAUGUUCUCUCAGCGGAACAUUCAAUCGCGAAUCUUCUCUGGCAAUCUUUUCCGAAUCUUUCGCUGAGAGGAUUUCGCGAUCAGAAUCCAAAGAGCCGGUGAGAAGCACAAGGUGAUCUACAUCUUCACGUGUAUCGUGAACGUAUGCAUUGUUCACGGAUACUAGUUUAUGCCAAGAUUAAGGACAUUUGCAACACGGGUGCUGAUACAACUCGGAGCGAUCAGAAGGGACAAGUGCAAGCAAUAGAAAUCUUACACAUCCUCCUUCCGAUGGACACUCUCAAGUUGUACUUAUAUUGGCACAGAGACAGUCUAGGUUACUGAAGGGGACAUGGACAUCAUGUUUUUCUUACUGUGAAUGUGUAACAUAAUAAAUUAAAAAAUACUUGUGUGUAUUA